AUGGUCAGUUUUCAAGAUUCACAAUCCACGAAGAAAUGUGAUUUCCCACCCCAUGACAUAUGGCAAGAGACGUGGGCCUCCCAGCUGAACAGGGCACAUGACACGCUGGUGCACAUGCGUGAGAAACUGCCAGGUUUUAACAUAUACCCGACUCUGGGUAACCAUGAAUGCUUCCCAGAGAGUUUAUAUUAUCAACCACGGGCGGAUUACAAGAACUUAAACAUGAAGACAUCUGAAUGGUGGCAGCUGUUGUUUCCCAUACCACCUGACCAGCUGGAGAACAUCCAGUACUCCUUGUACUACACAGUGUUAGUCAAACCUGGGCUGAGAAUACUCAGUUUCAACAGUGAUUACGGUUACACAAUUAAUUUCUACGCACUGCUCAAUCACAAAACACCAGCCUACUAUGAACAGAUGAAAUUCAUGGAGGAGACACUGCAUGAUGCUCGAGAAAACAACGAGAAGGUUAUACUGAUCGGACACGUGCCACCUGGUGAUAUUGGUAAUACUUUCCUGGAAUAUGGCGACUUCUUCACUGACCUUGUCAGCGCUUACUCAGACGUCAUAGUUCUGACAACUUUCGGACACACCCACUUCGAUCACUUUGAACUGGUAAUUAGUACUGUUAAAUACUGGUAA